AUGCUCCACGAGAUCCUCCUCUCCCUCUCUGGCCAGCCGUCCCCCCUCUUCAGCCCUGCGCAAGAAAAAAAUGCGCUCGCUCAAAAUGAUCUCGCCCUUCUCUCACCUCCGGAGAAAGCCCUCCUCCGAUCUGUAGCCCAUUUAAGUCAAUUGCACGCGCAGCUCCGGGCACAUACGUCCCAAAUAUCUUCCGCACAUCGGUCCGUGAUUUGUCGCUCAGUGUCUACCGCUAUAGUCACAGCCCAUCUGGGCAAAUUCCAGAACAAGGUCCUCGAGGUGGAGAAAGCCGUUCUCGCCGAAGACAGCGGGUAUGUUGGUGGGUAUGGCAUUGUCCCGCUGUCGACUAUCGUGGGAGAGUUCGCACCCUGGACCCGCCGCCUGGAGUGGCUAUGGGAGGUUGUCAAGUUCAUACAACCCGAAACCAACCCCAACGAGCGACGGUACGGCUGUACGGGGGCGGCGCUUAUUGAUUACCUCCGUAUCGAGUCCCAAACCGGAUAUCUGGAUAUCAAAGAGAUGGCCGUGCAGCUCGCGACCGCGGCUGAAACGGCAUGGAUGAAGCAGUUGUCUAUGUGGCUCUUAUAUGGGAACCUGCCCAUGUAUGGCAAGGACGACUUUUUCAUCCAGGAAGAUCUCGAGGCCGAGAACGAUGACAUUAAAUUCAGUAUGCGUAUGGAUCUGCUCCCCAAAUUCGUGUCGGCACAAACGGCCGGGUCCAUUCUUUUCGUUGGAAAAUCGCUCAACCACAUUCGCGCAAAGAAGAAAACAUCAGGGGGGAUCUCUACUGCGCCGGUGACACUCUACCGGGAGCACAUAGAGCAACUUGCUGGGUUGAAAUCGCCCAUCUCAUCUUCCAAGCUUUCUACAGCCGUGGACUGGAUCCGCCUUUCAUUGUCCCAAUCAAAAUUGUCCAAGCUUCUGCCUCUUCCCAAAAUCCUCGAGAUGCUUACAUUGUUGCACGACUUCCUCCUUUUGGGACGAGGAGAAUUUGCCGUGGCGCUGGUAUCGCAUGCGGAUUCGCGUAUCGAAGAAAGCCGACGACGAGGUGCCCUCGCUCGAUCUCAAUCUGGAGGUCUCCAGGGUCUUUUCAUCACAGAAGGUGAUGUGAUGACUGCGCUGGCCCAGGCAUGGGCCGAGCUGUUCUCCCUACAAAACGAAGAAGACCCAGCCGACGAGGAGCUAGAGCUUGCUCGAGAGCUACUUCGAUUGUCGCUUAGCGACAAGAAAACCGGCCGUGCAACAACUCCGUCGCAGGGUUCGACAACCAUCCCUGAGAUAUCGAGUGUCUCCUUUGAAGAUAUCCUCUUUCCCACACCCACCUGUAUGACAGCCCAGGUCCAGGCCCCCCUGGACCUCUUCCUGUCGAGCUCCGAUAUUGUCAUCUACUCGAAGAUUCACUCGUACCUGCUGGGGAUCCGGCGUGCUCAAAUACGCCUCGGGGAUCUAUGGAAGAGAACAUCCCUCCGGAGGAAUCACCCUUCACCAUGGGGACCACCCCGAAGUAACAGUAUCUUUGGCCAGAACAAGCUGCAGGAGGGUCGAGAGAGAGACAAUACUCGCAUACGACAGAUGCGUCCGAUCUGGGCCACUGCCAGUGGCUGCUUAUUUGUCCUCUCGGAGAUUGGCAGCUUCUUCCAGGGUGAAGUUGUCCACGAAUCCUGGCAGCAUCUGCGAGAAUGGCUUCAUGGACCGGCACUCUCUACUGCCUCAGCACCUGGCUCUCGACCAGGAACUGCAUCAUCGUGGAAGCAGCACGGACCAUCCCGCGCUGCAUCUCCCGACCGUGUAUCCAGUCGACCGUCUUCCCACGCCGGUCCUCCCUCUAUGGGCCGACACGAUCCCGAAGCGCUGACCGUUGCUCACCGACGCUAUCUCUCCACCCUCGUUCAAUCCCUUUUCCUCACAGACAUCCCCUUCACCAGCGCCCUCCGCUCCCUUCUCACCAGCGUGGACCGCUUCGUCGCACUAGUCCUCCGCCUCGAAACCAUCCAGCGCAACAUGGACCUCGAGACGGACGAAGGCGUGGUCGACGCCCUCGUAGACUACGCCCAGGAAGAGCGCGAAGUUUGGCAGGACCUACGCACCACGCACGACGGCGUGAAAGCCGACAUGAAGGACCUCGUCGCGAGCCUGCGCGAGAUCGACGACCACCACUCGGGCGAGGGCCUAGGCCCUGCCACCCCAUUUGGCUUGGGCCAAGCGUGGCCGGGAACUCGAGCGGAAGGGAGCACUGGCCCCGGCUUCCGCCACUAUGUGCCGCGCCAACCAGCGGGUGUGGACCGGCUGCUGAUGAAGCUAGACUUUGGGAGUUUGCGCGGUACGACGAUGGCGCCAGGCUUGGCGGACCUGGCCUAG